GACUGAGGACCUCUCACAACCGAAAAGCCAAGCACGACCGAGGGACUUCAUCAAAAUGAGCUUGUCAACCGCGUUAUUUGCCAAAAUAUAUUCCUAUGCGGAUGCAUUUAAAUCUUAUUCGUCCUAUCAGUGAUACAUUUUUGCCACACGAAUGUUUUUUGCUGAAUUUGUUUCGCAACGUGUAGCCAGCUGUUUUGUUUAGAAGCAGUCUGUUACUUUUUCGUUCAAGUUUUUUAUUUUGCCAACGAACCGCUCCAAUUAAACGUCGCCAUGAUCCCCGAAUGCCCCCGGUCCGGGGACCCGAGAAGCCGGACCCGCUUCCAGCACAACAAUGCUGCCGAACCGAACCAGACCCGCGGAGUCAGCGGUUUGUUGUCAGAAAUUAAAACCACCGUCAAGAACGAACCUUUCACCGACCACUACACCAUCAUCCCCGGCAAGGAACUGGGAAGGGGAAAGUUUGCUGUGGUCAGAAAGUGUGUGGAGAAAUGCACAGGCAACGAGUACGCUGCAAAGUUCAUGAGGAAGAGACGGAAAGGCCAAGACUGUCGGAUGGAGAUCAUCCAUGAGAUCGCAGUGCUCGAGUUGGCCACAGCCAGCCCCCGAGUGGUCAACCUCCACCAGGUCUUUGAGAUGGCUUCUGAGAUGGUGCUGGUCCUGGAGUUUGCGGCAGGAGGUGAGAUCUUCAACCAGUGUGUGGCAGACCGGGAGGACGAGGCCUUCAGCGAGGACGACGUGAAGAGGCUCAUGAGGCUUCUGGAGGGAGUCUCCUUCCUCCACCAGAACAAUGUAGUCCACCUGGACCUGAAGCCUCAGAACAUCCUGCUGACCAGCAGCUCUCCUCUGGGUGACAUCAAGAUCGUGGACUUUGGUCUGUCCAGGAUGGUCAGCAGCCACCAGGAGCUCAGAGAGAUCAUGGGUACUCCGGAGUAUGUCGCUCCUGAGAUUCUUAAUUAUGAGCCCAUAAGCACAGCGACAGAUAUGUGGAGUAUUGGUGUUCUGGCCUACGUGAUGCUAACAGGAAUCUCUCCCUUCCUGGGCGAGGACAAGCAGGAGACGUUUCUCAACAUUUCUCAGCUCAAUGUCAGCUACACCGAGGAGGAGCUGCAGCAGCUGGACCAGGCUGCCCUGCCCUUCAUCCAGAUGCUGCUCCGCAAACAGCCUCAGGAUCGGGCCACAGCAGAGCAGUGUCUCAAACACUCCUGGCUUAAACCCUCUCAGUGUCAGGGAACCAAGAAGGUGCUGGAGAUCCUCCCACUCGAGGACCAGGAGGUGUCAAGCUCCACCAGCAGCCCCGAAACUCCCAGCAGCACCACCACCACAGCUGAUGAGGAGGAGGAGGAGGAGGAGGACGAAGGCCCUGUGACAGAGGAGCUGAUCGUCGUGGCUGCCUACACCGUGGGCCAGUGCCGUCAGUCCUCCAACUCCUCCUCAGAGAAGGAGGCACUGGCUGCCGAGCAGAAGGCAAUCUCCAAACGCUUCAAGUUUGAGGAGCCUUUCAGCUCCCUGCAGGAGGUCCCUGGAGAGUUCAUCUUCUGAGCCCCACCUGCCACAUGACAGAGGAAGGAAGAGUUGGUGUUGUCGUGGUAACAAACUCAGACCAUCUGAUAAAUAAGAGUUCCCCUCGGUGUAUACUGUGUGUGUAUAAUCAGACACAGGUGUAAAGUAAACCUGACAUUAUUUAAGCAUUCAGUCUUUAAGUGCAUCUUUAAGCCCCACUCUCAUUAUUUCUUCGUAACGCAUCAUCACUUUGAUGCUCAUCACAUCUCCUCAAACAGCUACAACAGCUUCAUGUAUCAUGUAUUUUAUCAGGUUGAGUUUGGAAACCUAUCAACUGUUUGUGUUGAAGAGAGUGUUCCUUAUUUUAGAGAUGCCAUUCAAGACAAACUUACAGAUCAAACACUACGACAACUACCGGAGAAGAAGACCGUUCCAUGCCUUCAAAUUAGCAAAGGGUGCUUGAAAAAUGCUCCAUGAAACAUCUAAAUAAUAAAAUCCUUACAUUAAAGUUAUUUUCUGAACUGAAUACCAAUUUUGUGAAAUCUCAUUUGUUGUGCUUCGUCAAGCCUGAAUAAAUAAACAAGUUGUAAGAAAAAGAUAAGUACUUUUUUUUAAGUCGUUUUUUUCGACCUUGAAAACAGAUUCUGAUUAAUGUGGCCAUGUUGAGUAAUUUCUCUCCUCUAGUCCUAUUUCUUAUAACAGCACUUUGAGCUUUUAGAUCAUUAAUGACAACCAUUGCAUGUCACACACAGGGCAGGAGUAACUCUUGGAAACAAGACUCCGCUCACUGAUGGAGAAACAUAUAAGCUUUUUCCUGCCAGACACUAGAUGUUCCAUUCAACUUGUUUGUGUGGCCCUGUAGGAUAACACAGAACCUUCUGCAGGGUAGAAGUCUUUCUGCAGGAAAAAUCCACUGUGUAAAUAGCACUCGUACUGCUCCAGUCGUCAUAAAUGUGCGUGUGUACUGAUGACCGGAGGGGGCGGAGAUUUAAUAUUUGUUUAAGUUAUUUCUAAACAUUUUGAACUUUUCCUGACGUUUGAAUUCAGAAGCCAAAUCUUUGUCCGUUUCUGUCCAUUUCCUCGUCAAGGCUGCUUCCCUCUGAACAGAACCAGCUCCUUUAAGCUCAAACAUGUUUGGUUUUAUUUUAGUCUUAUUUUGUAUUUGGUGCCAUGCUUGGAGAAAAUAUUUGAUGAUUUUAGCUCUUGCUGUUUUUUUUUUUUUAUUUGAAGAUAUUUCAGUGUAAAAUUGCAGAUAUCUUUAAGGAAAUAUUUUGGAGUUUUCUAAUUCUGUGUAAAUAAUUUUAAAAACAUCUAGUUGUUUCAAUAAGGUAUAUUUGACUGCUGUUUUAAAGAGCCAUCUCUCGUCUUCCUCUUGCAUUACUGAGUGAUCAUAUGGUUCGGCUCUCUCUGAAGCAACAAAGACGACAGAGCACAUCUGUACUUUCAGUGGAUCUGUAAUGUAAAUUUAUGUUUAUGCAACAUUAAGCUCUGUUACUAUGGUAACCAAUUUGUAAAUGAAUGUCUUCUACUGUAAAUAAAUAUUUCAAAGGGU